AUGGACGAUUUUGGAAUUAUUGAUAGUUUGGACUAUGAAGAUAUUGAUGAUGAUCUCAUAGACCACGAGAAUGAUGUACAUCGGAGCAGAGAAAAUUUGAUAGAUAAGCUUUUCAGAUCAGAAGAAGCCUAUGUGCAAUCACUUGAGUUAGUGAUGAGUUUAUUUUUGAUACCUCUCAGAAAAGACUCUACAAAUACUUCCUUCAACUUUCUUGGCAUGAAAAAGAUGAUCUGUACAGAAAGAGAAUUUCGCUGGUUAUUUGGUAACUUUGAGGAGAUAGUCCAUGUGCAUCGCUUAACCCUAAAGAGUCUUCAAGAAAGUCUAGAUUGCUACCAUACUUACUUGAGUAACUAUGCUGUUACACUUACAACCUAUGAGAGGUUAUCGCGAUAUCAACCAUUCAAAAAGUUUAUUGAUAGUGUUCACAAAGAUAAAUCACUGAAAGGGUCCACUUUAUUAUCUUUGAUUCAGUUGCCCAUUGGUUGUAUCGACCGCUAUGUGCAAAUCAUAGCGCAAAUAGCUGAAUCGACGAGUCCAAUGCAUCCAGACUAUACUGGACUACAAAAGAUAAAAGCAUGGAUUCAGCAAUUUCACAGCUCUAUUAAAGAAAAACUAGUCGAUGCGAGUAAUGUAGAAAAAGUGUUAAUGAUCCAUCAAGCCUUAAUAGGUGCUCCAUUCAGUGUACGAGCGGAGAGAAGGCUCAUUAUGGAAGGCCAACUGUCGCGCAUUAUGCCUAAUGCAAAGUCAUCGAGCGAAGAACGAUAUUAUUUGUUAUUUAGUGAUUUUUUGGUUUUCGUAAGAACCAAGACAACUAAACUGCAAUAUAAAGGACAUUUGAUUUUGGAACGAGCCCGUAUACGACCCUUAACAAAAGAGGAAGCUGGCGGUUUUCCAAACUGUAUUGAAAUCACUUCAUCUUUUUCAGGUGUAGAUAACCUUAACACUACAUUUAUCGGAGCUCCUACUGUCCAUGUUUUGCAUGCCGAUACGGAAGAAAAUAGAAAUAGAUGGUUAUAUGCCUUGGAAAAGGUGAUUGUCAAUCUUGACAAAAUGGCAGCUGCUAAGCAUGGUAAGAGAAAAUAA